UAGUGAGGUAAAAGUAUAAGUUUACAAAAAUAAAAACUAGAAAUACUUUGUUACUUUCCACCACUGGGUAUUGGAACACUUUCUGUCAAAUGUGAGUAGAACAAAUUCACACCUGUGUGAACUUGAGGGGAAAUGACUUCAUAUCCAUGACAAAACUCACCUUGACACUAGUUGGUUACAAUUUAUAGCAAUAAUGCUACUUUGUUUUCAUGUUUUGUAUUCUGAUACAGUGACAUUCAUAAAUUUUCAAGUGUGUCUGAAGUAUCCUAAUACUUUAACAUUUGAAUACCUAAAACAAAGCAUGGUGGGAUCAGUUUUACAGUAAAGUGAAAGAAUUUUGUAUUUUUAUCUGUCAGGAGCAGCACCCUUUCAGUUUCAUAUCCAAAUUCUGACAUUGAAAAGCUGUUGAUUUUUCUUUUUGGGUGCUUUCUAAAUUCUUGUGAUCACAAUUUUGACAGGCAGCUCUUUCACAUUCCCUGCAGUGCGUAAAGGAUGUUUUCAACAUAUCCUCCACCUUGAACCGCCGUUCUUAAUGCUCAAGGACAUUUGCAGAUGACGUCGCAUCCCUGGCCUGGUGAACCAACACCAUUCAUAGCUUCCCUUCACCAUUUUUUUCAUUGCCAUUUCAGACACUCAUUAAACAAAUAUUUAAUAAAACCGUAAUAAAUAAAUAAAAUGUUUUGUGUGGCGUAUGUCAGAUUCGUGAAAUGAAAUUGGGGUCUAAACAGGUUUAGUAGCCUUGGGAAAUAUUGUAGGUUUUGCAGGUCAAAUUAUUAUUUUUUUAACGUGACAAUAUUUCAAAAUGCACCAAAAUCACGUGCACAAGGACUAUCGAUUUUCUAAUCAUGUUGGGGGGUUGCAUUUAAAUGCAAUAGACCAAGUCGGGACAGUGGAAAAGAUGUCUGUCAGAUUUAAGGGAAUGUUAUAAUUGGGAUGUGAGGGGUGUACUAUGUGUCAGGCAGGUGGGCGGUGGGGGUUUCAACUGUAUUACCUUGGUCUUUCUUUGUUCCUCUCUUUUGUACUCCAUCUCUUUCGCGUAUGAAGACGUGACUCACUGAUAACUCUGAAUGAAGGACAGUGCUUAUAAACCAUCCGUCCCUCAUCAGAACAACUGAGAAGCUGCCUCUCUUCACGUUUUGGAUGCUCAGACCCCCCUCCCCAGGGGAGAGAAACCUGUGACAACAGCGUUUGAAGACCAUGACAUCCAACAUUUCUUUCUUUCUCUGCCUGUUGCUAGUGUCUCAUGGUUCGACUGCAGUCAUCACCGGGGCAUGUGAGAAGGACUCUCAGUGUGGAGGUGGCAUGUGUUGUGCAGUCAGCCUGUGGAUCCGGAACCUGCGAAUGUGCAUCCCAAUGGGUCAGAUGGGAGAAGACUGUCAUCCAAUGAGCCACAAGGUGCCUUUUUUUGGGAAGAGACUCCAUCAUACAUGUCCAUGUCUGCCCAACCUAGCCUGCAUCACCACAGCUGAUGGCAAGUCCAAAUGUCUCCCGCCAUUUCCUUUCCAGGAUCAAUACCUGUGAUGAAAAUGUUUGCCUGUAUAUCAUGCUAAUGUUUGUAUAAAAUGUAUAGUUGCAGAAGUGUUUUAGAUCUAUUUAUUUUAUUGAAUUAAUUUAAUCUUCAUGAAAAAUAAUAGAAAGUAAAUUAUAAUAAAUUAACAAAUGAGGUCAUAAAUUGCAAACAAUAUUGGCAAAAAAAUGGAAAAUAUGACCUAAAAAUUCUUCUCAUGCUUAAAAUAUUAUACACUAAGAUAGUAUAAAGCUAAUUUCUUCUAUUAAUUUUGCUUUUACCUGUGGUUCUUACAGAAACCAGUGUGCAGUAAUGCUAGGAAAGUGAGAAAUCAGGUUAAUUUUUUUAUCAGUGUUUUUAUUUGUUCUAUUCUCAGCUAUAAUAUAUUGCCUAGCUGUCUCAAAUUCUGCUUCUUUACUACAUCUUCAAAGGAAAAAAAUGAGAAGUGGGCUACUGAAGUCUUGAAUUAGAGAUUGUAAUACCUAUUUGAACUUGACACCAAGAUAAAUGCUACAUCAAGUUUAGCAUAGAGGCAUGGCAAACAUGUUUGUGGUUAUCAGCGCAGUAUGCGUCAACUCUUUGACAGUUCAUUAGUCAAGGACUAAAGCACAAUCAUUCAAUUUCUUACUGAACCAUAGUUUUAUAUUUGUGAUAAUGUAACAUCAUCGACAUUUGACGGUUCCAAUGUACUCAUACACUCAUCCAAUGUAAUCAUACAUUCUUAAAAAAACGAAGGUUCUUUAUUGGCAUUGACGGUUCCACGGAGGAACUUUAACAUCCAUGGAAUAGGUUUCUUUAGAUUACUAAAAUGUUCUUCAUAGUAAGAAAAUAAAAUUGUUAUUUAACUCUUUGCUGAAAGGGUCUUUGAAGAACCAAAAAUGGUUCUUCUAUUUCAUCCUUUAUUUUUAGAGUUCCCCUAUUAUACUUUUUCAAAUAUUAUCUUUCAUGUAGUGUUAUAGUAUAUAGCUGUUUGUGAAUGUAAAAGGUCUGCAAAGUUUUAAAGGUCAAAGUCCAUGACAAAUAAAGUUAUUGUCUCCUAAAAGAAAUAAUCGAUUCUGAACUGCCGAAAUGAGACGUCAACAAUUCCAGUCUCACUUCCUGUUACAUUCCUAUGUAACAAUAUAAAAACAUAUUGCAUAAUGCCAGCCUACGGUCUUCAUUGGCUGCCCGUGAAUAAUGUCUUUGACCCACGCUCAAACAGUGUAGUUGUAGCUGAGGCCUGAAAGGGCCUGUGUUGGGUUUGUGUUGUCGGCAUGUCAAGAAGACGCUGCUUUCAGCGCUAUUAAUCAACUUUGCAUGCACUUCAUUCAAAGCACUUCAUGCAAUUCUCACGCUAAAAUUGAUAUGGGAAAAACCGACGCCAUUGUUACUGUUCGUAUCACUAGCUAUGUUUCCAUCACCUUGUUUGUUUGCGCAUUUUGAAGUAUCGCAUCAGAAAUGAGUCAUGGAAAUGGACAAUUUUGUGAAAAAAAUGUACGCUUGCUUGAGGUGGGUUUUGACCUGUGCAAAAAAGGGUUAAUGCGAAAAAUGGGAGAUGGAAAUGCAUUUGCUGAAUAAAUUCUGACUUAGCGAAUAUUAAACCCACGUGACUAAUCGGCUGUUUCCGCUGAUGGUGUUACAUGUAUAUGUUAUACAUUUAUGUUUGAUUCAGUUAUGAUGCAUUAAUUCUGGAUGUACUAGAGCUCCUUGUAUAUGUGUGUGCGCAAUGCACUUUCCCUUUGGGGCUUGCUGUAGAUAUGCAAGGCUCAUGCGCAUCUCAUGUCGCGGGUUGUCCUCUCACAUGUGUGUGACGCUUAAUAAAGUUGAGAAGAG